GAGAACGCUGUAAUUAACCCCUGGUAUGGACGCCGCUUCGAAGAAUACGAGCAGCGUGGGCGCUACGUCCGGUCGGGGCCGUGGCCGUGGCCGUGGCCGGCUCCAAGCCGUUGAAGUUAUCUCGGUGCCUGCCAAAGAUGUUGCCAGUAUCAUUGGCAGAGGGUGUGAUAGGAUCCAAGAUAUUCAAGAUUCCUCAGGAGCACGCAUACGCGUCGAGACCAAGAUCGAGCUACGGGGUUCUGAAGAGGCGCGUCGGAAGGCCCGUGAGCUAAUCGACGCGAUCAUCCAUCCGCCGGAAGAACCAGCAUGCUCCAGCAAAAUCGAAGAACCGCCGCCAUUGCUCGACUGGGACAAGCUGCUUGCCAAGAGCGACGAAGCGGCGAAGAAGCGCUGGGCUUCUCUCGCACCGAUAAUUAAAAAUCUUUACGUUGAACAUCAUCAAGUUGCGUCAGUGUCUGCAGAGGAGGCGGCGGCCUUCCGGGCAGCCAACAACAAUAUAGUUGUCAAGUACUUGGGCCCAGAACAACAGCCGCCACUAGACGUAGCAACUAACCCCGUGGCAACGUUCGAGCAGGCGUUUUCAAGCUAUCCGGAAAUCUUGGACGAAAUCAAGAAAAACAAGUUCGCAAAGCCGUCUCCAAUACAGAGCCAGGCCUGGCCAAUCCUGCUUCAAGGUCAAGACCUCAUUGGAAUCGCACAGACAGGUACAGGGAAGACUCUGGCAUUCCUGCUACCAGCCUUGAUUCACAUCGACAGGCAGCCUGUUCCGAGGGAGGAGAGGAAAGGUCCUUCGUGUCUGAUUCUCGCUCCGACGCACGAGCUUGCCCAGCAGAUUGAGCGGGAAGCAAAGAAAUACCACUACCGAGGGAUAAAAUGCGUUUGCGUCUACGGCGGUGGCAGUCGGCGAGAGCAGAUACAGACCGUCAACCUUGGCGUGGAGAUCGUCAUCGCCACGCCCGGCCGCCUCAACGACCUCGUCAUGAACAAGAUCAUCGACCUUAACUUUGUCACUUUCUUGGUCCUGGACGAGGCGGACCGCAUGCUGGACAUGGGCUUUGAGAUCCAGAUCCGGAAGGUGAUGCUGGACAUAAGGCCUGACCGGCAGACGGUCAUGACAAGUGCCACCUGGCCAGAGGGUGUGCGUCGCCUUUCUCAGCGGUACAUGACAAACCCAUUCCAGGUGUUUGUCGGCUCCUUGGACCUCGCUGCAGUGCACACAGUGAGCCAGACAAUCAUCCUCUGCGAGGAAGAGAAAAAGAAGGAGCAACUUAUGACUUUCUUCAAAUCCAUGCAGCCGGAAGACAAAGUGAUCGUCUUUGUCGACAGGAAGGCCAUGGUGGACCACCUGACAAGUGACUUUGUCCUGGCUGGCAUCAACUGCGAUUCCAUCCACGGAUCCAGAGAGCAGUGCGACCGUGAGCGAGCUCUCGAAGAUCUACGGGAUGGCAAAGUGCGCAUCUUGAUUGCUACCGACGUUGCCGCACGAGGGUUGGACAUAAAAGAUGUGACACACAUAUUCAACUAUGACUUCCCUCUCAACGUGGAAGAGUAUGUCCAUCGCGUGGGUCGCACGGGUCGAGCUGGGCGUACAGGCACAGCCAUCACGCUCAUAACUCGUGAAAACUGGAGGCAUGCUCACGAACUUAUCCGUAUCUUGGAGGAAGCCAGCCAAGAUGUGCCAACUGAGCUCUACAAUAUGGCUCACCGGUAUGAUGCUUGGAAGGAACGCCGUGGCCAAGGUGGUGGUUUUCGGCGGGGAGGAGGCGGUGGCGGCAAUCGCAAACGUUGAAGGAACAGUAUCUGUGAUAUGCUGUAUGACUGCUGGUAUGACUAUCGUUGUGUGGGAAUGUCAUCGAGCAACCGGGCAGACUCUUUCUUGUUAUGCUUUAUAUUGUUUUUUUUGCAAUGAAGUCCUUUUAUAACUAAUUGAGGAGCAAAUGAACCGGUGAUACACCCUGCAUGUUGCAUCUUUGCUUAGGCUGAGCACGUAGCCGAGAGAGCACUUUGCCCUCCACCUCUGGACAUGUUCAACAUAGCCUGCUGGCAUUUGCACUUCCAGGUGCCACUUUGCAUGUCCCUUGUGCUUUCUUAGUGCAUUCAGGUUCUGGGUGCAUGGAAGUGAAAAAAAAAAGAAAGCAGCUUUAAACGAAGGUAAGGGCUGUUCAAUAGGCAAUAUUGGCUAAAAGUUGAGGCGCCUUGCGAAGCAUGCUUGGCAAAUUUAUGUCGAGGUGCUGCGAGCCACAAGUAUGCAGGCAUCCAUCGCAUGGAAUUAGUCUGGCGGCGAAAUGUUGCAGGCUAGUGCGACAAAACUGCCUUCACAAUAAGGCUUACUGCAAACGGUACAAAAGGAGUUGGGACAAGGGAUCUUGUCCUGUCACCUUGUGUUAUGUUUGCCCUAAGCUUUAUUAUGAAUUAGCACCAACUAGCCUGUAAAUGAAUACAUUCUGCAAUACUAAAGGAGUAUUUUUGCUUUCAGUUCCACUACAAAAUCUGUUGAUUUGGAAGAAAGUAGUUUUUUCAUUUUUUUAAACGUAGCUAUUGCUCCCAUUGGGGACAUGCUUUGAACUGUGUGACUAAAUACAUUUUGUUACUACACAAUUAUUGCCUGUUGCACCUGUUUCCUUCAUUCAAAAUGCACGUGCUGUACUUUUACUGCGCUGUUGCUAGUUGCCAUGUUGUGCCGCCUCUGUGUGCAUGCUUACAUUUUUUUGGUGAUAAAUCUCCAAUGGCUCCAGUUGCCAUGACUCAGAAGCGUCGACGGGCUUUAAACAUGUUGAUGUUGUAGCUAGCUACAUAAACAGGAUCAGCAUAAAAAAUUAUCGAAGAAGGUGAAAUUGUUGUAGCUCUAUUACAUUUUUGUUGCCACUACAGCUAUGACUCACUGGGAAAAAGCAAUCAACAGUUGCACUUGGAAAGUUUGUU